GGAUGAGGUAGAAUUCAUACGUUUGAACCAGACGCUUCAAUUUUGAAAAAUGAAGAUAGUUAUUCAGUUUGGUACGCUGCUAUCCGUGGCUUUAAUCGGCUGAGGAACAGUUUCUUGGGAGACAGCUUGUUGAAAUACAUUGACAGAACUGCCCUAGGACUGGUAGAAAAUAUUAUAAACAAAUUGGGAUAUGAAGAAAGAGCGUCCGACGACUUUGAAACUUUAAGAAAUCGCAUGCAAAUACUGGAAUUUGCCUGCAAGAUCAGUCACCAAGGAUGUAUUGACAAUACCGUUGCACUAUUUAGAAAUUUCAAAAACAACGGUGUGAGUAUAUCACCAAGCUUGCGCCCGGUAGCGUAUUGCAGUGGAUUGCGUUUUGGAAAUGGUUUAGACUACGAAUUUUUGUGGAGAAGGAUGUCGACUACCAACAUAGCCAACGAAGCCAGGUUAAUUGGAGAAGCUCUUGGGUGUUCCACUGACGAGCCUAGCCUGCGAAAAUAUUUACUCUCAAUGAGGGAAGAAAAUAGCCCGAUCAAAAUACAGGACCUAACUGUGCCGUUAACCGGCGUACUUUCAAACUACAGUCACUUGCACAUAGUCAUGGAUGAAUUGCAACAUAACUACACUCUUUGGAGCACCAUAUACCCUUCGAUGGACUCUAUAGUGUCCACAGUUGCAUCUGCCUUGCAUACGUCCUACGAUUUCAUCGACUUUGCAGACUGGCUGCAAUCGUGCCAGGAGUGCAGUAAUCAGACCAAGAUGGCGGGCAUGAAUGCCAUGGCGCAGGCGCAGGCGGCUCGCUCUUGGGCAAGCGAACACAGACAGAUGAUCCUGGACGUCUUGAAAAGUUUCUCGACGACGCUAGCUCCAUCUUUGAUGAUGAUUGUCACCGGGGUCGCGGUGUACUUAAACAGACUAUUGAUGUAAGGUCUGCUGCGGAAAAUGUUGAUGGUAUUUGAAUUGCGAAAGACACUAUGACCGGAAAUAUUAAGUUAUAGGAAAAAUGUAUUAGAUUUUUCAGACAUUUUGAUUUGUUUUUUGUUUAGCACAGCAACGUGAUUGUAACUGAACAGUGUAGUUCAAAUACCUUUAUACCAGUCAAGAGAAUUAUGCCGGCCUUCCUUGUGACGGUGUAGUUUAAAUUCAUUUUGUUACAUUGAUAAACCUAAAUGAUUUCUUAUUUACGAAUUCAUAAAAAAAUAAUUGCAUAGAUUUUUUUAUAGUUAUUAAUUAUUUUUAUGACUAUCGAAUAAGCAGAAAGAGACACCUGAAAAACAAAUGUAUAUUUUAUAUAUUGUAUUAUAGGUUUAAGAAAA